AUGAAUGUCGAGGAAUUUAGAGAGUUCGGUAAAGCUAGUGUGGAUUAUAUCGCAGAUUACAUUGAAAAUAUCCGAAAAAAGCGAGUGUUGCCGUCAGUGGAGCCGGGAUAUUUAAAGAAUGAGAUACCGGAAACAGCGCCCCCGUCGGGCGAGCAAUGGCGCAACGUCCUCUCCGACGUCGACAGAGUCAUCCUGCCAGGACUCACCCACUGGCACUCGCCGCAUUUCCACGCUUAUUUUCCCACCGCCAAUUCCUUUCCGGGCGUCGUCGGGGAACUCUUCCUCUCCGGACUGGGAUGCGUCUCCACCGAUUGGCAAUCGAAUCCUGCUUGCGUGGAAUUGGAGGUGAGAAUGAUGGAUUGGCUGGCCAAAAUGCUGGGACUUCCAGAGCAUUUCCUUAACGAAUCCGAAGGACCCGGAGGGGGAGUUAUUCAAAACGCCGCUAGCGAAUCUACACUGGUAGGUGUCCUAUCAGCCAAGCAAAAGACGGUUGAAAUGGUGCUGAAAGAGCACCCUCACCUAACCGAUGUUGAUGUUAAAGCGAAAUUGGUGACGUACUCUUCGAAGGAAUCGAAUUCUUCGGUGGAGAAAGCCAGUUUGCUGGCAUCAGUUCCGAUGAGGCUGCUACCAACUGAUGCAGAGUGUCGUUUAAGAGGAAAUGUUCUACAAGAAGCAAUCGAUAAAGACAAAACGAAAGGAUUAAUACCGUGCUGCGUGGUAGCCAGCUUAGGCACGACAGGCACUUGUGGGUUCGAUGAUUUGGAAGAAAUUGGAAGAAUUUGCAGAAAGGAGAACAUUUGGUUGCACGUCGACGCCGCUUACGCUGGAGCCGCUUUGGUUUGCCCGGAAUACAGGUAUCUACUCAAAGGUAUCGAGUACGUGGACUCGUUCAAUUUCAACCCCCACAAAUGGUUCCUGACGAACUCCGAUUGCUCGGCGAUGUGGUUCAAGAACACCAAGGACGCCGAGGCCGCGUUCAAAGUGAAAGCCACCAUUCCCGAGGAGCCUCUGUUCGAGCCCCAAAUCGAAAACUGGCAAAUACCGACCACCCGACGGUUUAGAGCCCUGAAGCUGUGGUUCGUGAUGAGAUUGUACGGCGUGGAGGGCAUCCAGCGUCACAUUCGCCAGCAGGUGUCGCUGGCGAAGUACUUGGAGCAGCUGGUUAGAGCCGACGAGAAAUUCGAGCUGCUGGUUUCGAGGUUAGGGGUCGUGGGGUUCAGGAUAAAGGGCAGGGACUAUUUGACGCAGAUGCUGCUCAACAAGAUAACGGAGCGGAAGAAUCUGUACCUGAUGCCGUAUUAUUUCCAAAACAAGCUGAUGGUGAGGUUCGUGGUUUGCAGUAGAUUAACGGAAAAGGAGGACAUCGAUUUCGCUUGGAACGAAAUCAAAUGCAUCACGAAUGAGAUGCAAACGAACAUUAUAAACAACAGGAAAUUGAUCAACGUGAAAAAGGAGAAGAUUAACGCUAAUAUUUUGACUAAAGUAGCCACCAGCACCUUUUCACCGGAUCUAAACGAGAAGUUGAAAGUCGGCUUGUUUCUCUAACAAUCGUAUUAAUCGUAAAAAUAGUAAAAAUAAUAACAUAGCACCUAAUAAAAUUAGUUGUAUAAUAUAACUGUAGAUAGUUUAAUAAAGU